AGAGAAAUUGGAAAAAAAUUCUUCAACAGAAAUCUUGAAGACAAAUUUCUUAUAGAAAAUAAAGAUUUAGAAUACUACGAAAACAUGAAUAAAUUAUGUGAGUAUUAUACUGCUGACGAGAGCAAGAAUUUAAGAGACUUUUUCCUCGCAAAUUAA